AUGGGAUGCAGCGCUCCACCAACGUACUGCCGCGCCGAAGGCAUCAUCAAGAACUGCAAUACCAUAGAAGACUACAAGAACCUUGACCGAGCAGCGAUCCUCGAACGAUGCGCCCAGACAAUCUGGGAAGCUAUCCACGACGGCUCAAUCUACGAAUGCCCGUCUCUCCUUUCCUCCUUCACUGCCAUCAUCUUCGCGAACCUCAAGAAGUACAAGUUCACAUAUCACUUUGCUUUCCCUGCGAUACAGUCAGAUCCGCCGUGGAAACAAGUCGGGGAGAUGACGAGGCUGCAUGCGCGGGAAACGACGUACUUGGUAGACGCCGUACAGACGUGGCGCUACAGCUCUGAUGUUCGUCAAAGAGGCUUCUUUUUGGCGAAGCGUAUAAGAGGCGGAGGCAAUCCAGAUGAGAGACCGAAGACACCUGUCACACCCUUGGAAGAAUUUGGAUACACUUGGGCUAUAGGAAAGCUCGAGCAGUUUGAGAAGGGCUUCUUCAACGGUGUGAACAAAGAGGACCAGCUCAUUUGUUUUGCGGAUCCAUCGACAUAUGAGAGUAAUCCCGGAUGGCCGCUGAGGAACUUGCUUGUCCUCUUGCGGCAUAAGUGGCACCUCAGUGAAGCCCAGAUCAUGUGCUACCGCGACACGCACAUGAAGCGAGACCAAUCAAAUUCGAUCAUUCUUCAACUCCAGGCCGAUGCAAGCACUACUCAAUCAGGCCCAGAAGUGCCGAAUGAGCGACCGAGAACACCGCAACUCCCCAAGGUCACUGGCUGGGAGCGAACAGAGGCCGGGAAGCUCUCAUCAAGAAACGUCGAUCUAUCGGAAUACAUGGACGAGCGAAAACUGGCGGAUCAAGCUGUGGACCUCAACUUGAAGCUUAUCAAGUGGCGAAUAGCGCCUGGUAUCGAUCUGGAUGUGAUUAAGAACACUAAAUGUUUGUUACUGGGGGCGGGAACGCUCGGUACUUAUGUCUCAAGAACGUUGAUGGGCUGGGGAGUGAGAAAGAUCACUUUCAUCGACAACGCAACUGUGAGCUUCUCAAAUCCGGUGCGACAGCCGUUGUUCGACUUCAAAGACUGUCUGCAAGGAGGUGCGAAGAAAGCGGAGCGUGCCGCCGAGGCUCUGGAAGAGAUAUAUCCGGGUGUUGACGCGACAGGUCAUGUUAUGGAAGUGCCAAUGCUUGGCCAUCCCAUCACUGAUGCUUCAAAGACGAAAGAGCACUUCAACAAGCUAGAAAAACUGAUCAGCGAGCAUGAUGUCAUCUUCUUGCUCAUGGACACAAGAGAAAGUAGAUGGUUGCCCACAGUCAUGGGCAAAGCAGCAGGAAAGAUCGUCCUCAAUGCUGCGCUGGGCUUCGACACCUUUGUAGUCAUGCGGCACGGCCUAAAAACCGACAAGCCAGGUGAAGUCGAGCUGGGAUGCUACUUCUGCAACGACGUCGUCGCGCCCGCAGAUGUAACACCUUUCAAGCAUCCUCUCGGCACAAUCCCACAUACUAUCCGCGGCUACCUGUCGACGUUCAGCAAUAUCCAGGUCGAAGGCACUCCCUAUGAUUGCUGCUCCGCGUGCAGCGACACGGUGAUUGCAGCGUACGAGAAGGAUCCAUGGGAGUUUGUGCAGAAAGCGCUGAAUGAGAAGGGCUGGGUGGAGGAGAUGAGCGGUUUGGCCGAGGUGCAGAGGAAAGCGGACGCUGCGGCGGAUGAUGUCGAGUGGGAAGAGGAAGAUGAAGGGGGAUUGGAUGACGAGGGCGAGAUGUUGUAG